AUGCAAGACACCGAUGAUGCCUCCAUCUCCCACCGCAGGACAGCGCAACUCCCGCCGCUGGCACCACGGCAAAUCACCCCUUCCGCGCAGGACCGCUCGUCGAGCUCAGGCUCGAGGCCUCCGCGCUUGUCACACCGCUCCAGACAGGGCUGUUGGACGUGUCGAGCGCGCAAGGUAAAAUGUGACGAGACCCAUCCGAAGUGCGGCCCAUGUACGCGGCUGAAUCGCGAAUGUGACUGGGAUCACCGCUGGAACUUCAGCGACGCGACCCGAAGUACGAGGGAGAAGUAUCCCAAUGUUCGAUCGGACGACAACGUGGUCUGGGACCCCGGCGCAAGGUCGAGCUCGACAUCGACAGAGGAGCGUUUCGCCUACGACGACCAAGCUGCAUUCCAUCUUCUCAGCACCGAUGAGGAACGAGAGCGAAAAGCAGAGACCCGGCGACCCGGGACGUACGGUGUCGUUGUCACACCCGACAGCUUCGCGGAACUGCCAGAAUAUGCCACUUCCGCGACAUCGAGUCGAAGAAUGAGCCUGCAGUCCCCGAUGUCCACCGGCUAUUCUACGCCUCUGUACGAGCGGACGAUGAAGCGAGCUUCAACCGACCCGAAUGUGGUAGUGCUGGAUCGAUUCGAAGACACCCCCACCACCCCGGCCGUCUCUUUUCUCCCACCUUCCUUGUCUGGUCGGGGCUCGAAUGUGCAGAACGAUACGCGUUACCUUCCCAUGAGAUCAGCGCCAAUGGCAGAUGGCCUCUCCAACUCUCCGCUCGCGUCACGGAGACGAACGGACGACGAGCUAGUGCAAUAUUUCCGUCGUGAUGUCGUCAGUCGACUCGUGCAACCACAUGGGGGAGGGAUAUCUACGAGCACACCUCCGACGGGAUCGACGAGGGAUACAUUCGAGGCGGCUUCGAGGCGUUUUCGGCCGCUGCACCACGCGAUCUGUGCCGUUAGCGCUCUCAAACUUGCAUACAAUGGGGAAUCAACACUGGAAGAAGCAUUACAGCAUUACCAUCAAGCCCUCUCGACAUCAACGAACGCAUCCCCGCCCGACGACCUUGCAUCCGAUGGACUCUUCCUCCGCCACUUCCUCCUCCUCAUUUUCGAUAUUUGUUUCCAGAUCGCCAACAAUGAGAAUGGCUCAACCAACGCCUGGACGAUCCAUUUGGACAAUCUAAAACGCAGCGCCAUGCUCCGACACCAGCGAUACGGCCGUGAAACCCACGCAUAUCUCAUCUGGAGCAUCUGCGAGCUCGACGUGUACGCGUGUCUGCUCGGCAACGGCGAGUGCGAUUUCAUCCAGACGAUGAUGCAACACAACAUGCUGCCCCCGCUCGAUCAGCAACUCCCCAUCGUUCGCCCGGAUGCCUACUUUUCUCAGGAUCCGUCGAUUCUGCAGGCGACUCUUGCAUUACGCCAGGCCAUGUUUCUUCACACCGCAAAACUCGCGCAGACAGCACAGCUGUUCCGCAACGAGGCGGCAGAAUUGGGCGCCGUGCCGUCUCAAUCCAUCGCACGCUGGCAAACGACCGUCGUCGGGCUGCAAAACGAGCUCCUGUCGACGUGGAUGCAAUGGUGUCCUCCAUACCUCAACUCCGGCGACCCGAGAGCAGGCCAAGACCUCCCCGAGCAAACCAGAUACGUCUACGAACACGCACUCACCCUCUACCACACCUCAACAAUCUACAGCCGCACAAGCAUGUUCCCCUCCCAACGCCGGCUCCCCAUAGCCAACCACGUGCAAAUCCACACCGACACCGAAACACGCGCCUACGCCAUCCUCGCCCUCGCGAGCGACCAGCUCGACCGCGCGCCCGCCCACCCGGAGCGCCGGCACACCGUUUUCCCCCUCUUCAUGGCGGGCUUCGCGUCGAGCCAGCCGGACACGAAGGCGCGCGCGCUCGAGUUGCUGAAGAGGUUAGAGGGCGGGGGAAUUGGGCAGAAUACGGCGCGGACGAGGGUGCUGCUUAAGGCGGUGUGCGAGGAGCAGAGGCGGCGCCGGGCGCCGGAGGAGGUGGACUGGUUGACGCUUGCGAAGGAGCGGUCGUUGAAUGUGGUGAAUUGUGGGUUGUGA